UUCUCUUUAUUGCGGUCGAAUAGUUGACAUUUUAUUAAAUUCAGAAGAUGGCAGAGGGGCAUCUCCGGGCUCCAGGGGUUACGUGGAUCUAAAUAACGUCCAUUCCGUUUUCGCGGGUUGAAUGUUUUGUUUCGCGGCUGAACACUGAACAUAAUCUUGAUUGUCCGCCGAGGGUGAGAGGUCACCAUGGGGUCAGCAGUGGAGAGGACAGAUGAACACGUGAGGGAGUAUCUGAUCUACCGCGGCUUUACCAGCACUCUGAAACACUUGGACAGCGAGAUCAAAGCUGACAAGGAGAAAGGCUUCAGGGUGGAUAAGAUCAUUGAUCAGCUGCAGCUGUUCAUCCAGAGCUUCGACCUGUUUGGUCUGAAGGAGUACUGGCUUUACCUGGACAGACGUCUGUUCUGCAGACUGGAGGAUGUUUACAGAUCCACCGUCAACAAACUGAGAACCAGCCUGUACAGAUACUACGUCAUCAACACCAUCCAGAAAGCUAACCUGGAGAGGACUCAGGAGUUUUUUCAGAAGCAGGCAUUGGAGCUGCAGGGUCAGGCCGAGUGGCGUGAUUGGUUCAUCCUGCCGUUCAUCCCCUGCCCUGAGCAGAACCCUUCCUUCUCUCCGUACUUCUCCCGCCAGUGGGCUGACACCUUCUUGGUUUCUCUGCACAACUUCCUUUCGGUCCUCUUCCAGUGUAUGCCUCAGCCUGUCCUGCUGAGUUUUGAUGCUGAAGUCCAGAAGACAACCAGCCUGACAGAAGAGAACGAACAGCUCCGGCAGCUGCUGUUUGCCCUGCAGACAGAGAGUCGGGACCAGAGGGAUGGAGAUGAAAUGGUCCACCACAAACUGCCGGCAUAUGUCCAGAACAUGGACCGUCUGGGAGACACUGAGCUGGACUUGGUGUCAAGCCAACGAGCCAUCAGCACCACCACCACUCCUUCCAGAAACUUCUUCUCUACAUUCCUACCACAGGGGCGACGCACUCCGGGUAAAUCACCUCAGGUUGCUACUGGCUCUUCACCAAGCCAGGUAGCUGUGAGCAGGAAGGACCCACCAACCAGUCAGCCUGCAAAGUCAAAAGAGACAGUCCAAACUAAGGAGGUGAAGCCAGUUGCCAGUCAGGCAUUAGGUAGUGAACCUGCAAGCUCCCAGUCCCAACAGUCAACAAACCAGCCAACAAACCAGCAAACACAUCCCAGACACAAGAGAAUCCAGGAACAUGAGAAGGAAAGGAAGGAGCUUUUCUCCAAACCACCACCACCACAGACAUCAGAGAAGAAGGGGGAGGCUGGGGAGGUAGAGCCUCCUGCUGAGACCUCCAGCGAACCUCCUGACUCCUCCUCCUCCUCGAACAGUAGGACCUGCGGAGGAGGAACAGAGGGAGGAGGUCUGUCAACAGAACAGCCUUUCAUCAAACUCAGCCAGGAGGAAUACGGAGAACACCACUCUUCCAUCAUGCACUGCAGAGUCGACUGUUCUGGUCGCCGGGUUGCCAGUUUGGAUGUAGAUGGAGUCAUCAAGGUGUGGUCAUUCAACCCCAUCAUACAGACUAAAGCCACCAUCAUGUCCAAGUCUCCUCUACUUUCUCUGGAGUGGGCCACCAAACCCGACAGACUGUUGCUACUAGGCAGCGGUGUUGGCACAGUGCGGCUAUACGAUACAGAUGCAAAGAAGAAUCUGUAUGAGAUGAACAUUGAUGAAACUCAUCCACGUAUCCUGUCUUUAGCUUGCAGUCCUAGCGGUUCAUCAUUCGUGUGUUCGGCGGCAGCUCUCAGUCGAUCUGGAAGCAUCGAGUCUGUUCCUCGACUUCCUAUACCGGUGUCUGGACAGCUGCUGCUCUGGGACACCAAGACUGUCAAACAACAGCUCCAGUUCUCUCUAGAACCUGAACCAGUUGCCAUUAAUUGCACAGCCUUCAACCACAACGGAAACCUGCUGGUGACCGGAGCUGCUGAUGGAGUAAUCAGACUGUUUGAUAUGCAGCGCUAUGAGAGCGCUAUGAGCUGGAGAGCUCAUGACGGAGAAGUUUACAGUGUGGAGUUCAGCUACGAUGAAAACACCGUCUUCAGCAUCGGAGAAGAUGGCAAGUUCAUCCAGUGGAACAUCCAUCGGUGUGGGGUGAAGCAAUCGGAGCAGGUUUUACCUCAGGACGCCACCGGACCUUUUGUCCUGUCAGGGUAUAGCGGAUACAAACAGGUUCAGGUUCCUCGAGGUCGACUCUUCGCCUUCGACUCUGAAGGACAACACGUCUUGACCUGUUCCAGCACCGGAGGACUCAUAUACAGACUGACCAAUGGGGAUCAGGCUCUGGAUAGUGUGCUGUCGCUGGGUGGGCACAAAGCGCCGGUAGUGACAGUUGAUUGGUGCUCUGCAGUGGACUGUGGCACCUGCCUGACUGCCUCUAUGGAUGGGAAGAUCAAACUGAGCACGCUCCUGGCACAGAAGUCCUGACUGAAGACUUGAUAAGAGGACACUCGAUGGGUCAGAGGUCAUUAGACAUUCAGUUUGCUCAUUUACUGAUGAAGAUUAUUUCAGAAUCUAAUAAAUAUGUCAACAUUUUCAUGACGUGAUACAAGCAGUGAAAACUCACCAACCUGUUGCAAAUUCAUAUUAACAUUAAAAUCCCAGUA